GAAUGGAAUGGAUGAUGUCGUGGUAGAAGACCAAUGGCAUUAUGCAAACUGAAGAGGACGAACGGCCACAAGACGAUGAAUAUGUGUAAUGCUGAUUAUAUUUUAUGAAGUUUAAAACAAUACAAUAAUUGAAACAAUACAAUAUACCCUUUAAAUUUUAGGAUUUCACAAAUUCGAGAUCACUAUCAUGUAAUAUAAUAGAAAUAGUUUCCAGAUGAGGAACAAGCCAAAGCAACUCUUCAACCAGCAGCACAAUACUAUGUCUUCUUUUCCAUCUCAGUUCUACGUUCUGAUACGUAAGAUUAUAUAAUGGAGGAAUCAUGUUCUCUCUUAAAUUAUCAGGAUAUAUCAAUACCUUCCAAAAGUUACACCAACAAAAAAAAUAUAUAUAUAUAUAUAUAUAUAUGUAUAUUCAUGGUCAGUCACAAAUAACAAUACUAUAUGCACCAAAUAGUUUACCGAUUUGACAUGACAAGAUAAAUGUGUCAUUAUAUUAUUCUAUUAGGUUUAGAAUAUUAAUAUCAACUAAAGAUGCAUAAGUGUACCCCUUAAAAUAAUAAGUAAAAUUCAGUUAGAUAAUGAUACGCCAUUUUGUUCCAUCAGUUGAUAAACAACUUUAUUAUAAACAAUAAAAAAUAAAAAAAUAAAAAGAAAGAAGAAGAAGAAGAAGAAGAAAAGAAAUCAAGACCUGAUAAAGUGAAUAGGUAGCUCAGUAGAGAUUUUAUCCAGAAGUAAUUUUUCACAAUGAUCAAAGGUUCCAAGAAAAUCCUUGAAAUCUUGAGGAUGGGAAUUCGAGAUAUAAGGUGUAACACUAAACUUCGGCAUGAAGCCUAGAAUAAGAGAUUGAGUACUGGAGGUGAAGACGGUUGAGAUGAGUACUGGAAUUCUUGGCAAGGCUGCUAACCAGAAAGGAGCAAUGCUUGAUUGGGUAAAGAAGAUUCAUAAGGAGAAGAAGCUUGAAAUUCUAGUAGACAAGGAUCUUGAAAACAGCUAUGAACGGGUGGUUGAGCUGGAGGAAAUGGUUAAAGUGGCUCUCUUAUGCACCCACCGACCCAAGAUGUCUGAAGUGGUGCGGAUGGUUGAAGGUGAUGCACUCGUGGAACGAUGGGAAGCUUCUCAAAUAGUUGAAUCAACUAAAUGCAAACCCCAUGAGUUCUUCAGACCGAUACUCUGAUCUCACGGAUGAUUCUUCAUUGCUUGUCCAAGCAAUCGAGCUUUCUGGUACUAGGUGAUUUUCUUCUCCCGAAAAAAGUUCUCUUCUUUUAAACCAAAUUGGGCAUAUCAUAUUCAUAGGAACAGAUGAUAGUUGAAGCCAUUAAGUUUUGCAUAAAUUUUGUAAGUUUUUGUUGUAUAUUUGCAGUAUAUAUGCUUGUAUUGGUUAGUAUUUGUGUAAUUGACAUUGUCAGAUCCAUUGUAUACUAUAAUGGUA